AUUCCAGGGACCACAGGACGGCGCCGGGGCUGGCGUACCGAUGCAACCAAAACCGCCUACGUUUUCCAUAUCCGAAUAUCGCUCGUCGGAAGAGACUUCGGUUGCAGACUAUUUCAAGCGUUUUGAGUGGGCAUUAAGGUUGAGUAAAAUUUCCGAAGCACAAUAUGCGAAUUAUGCUCGAGUGCACAUGGGUGCGGAACUAAAUAACGCCCUGAAGUUCUUGGUGAGCCCUCGUGACCCUGAAGAUCUUCAAUUCACGGAGAUACGUACAAUCUUAGUAGAUCAUUUUGAUCAAACUAAAAACAAAUACGUUGAGAGCAUUAAAUUCAGACAAAUAGUACAGCAAAAAGGCGAAUCUGUCGCAAAUUUUUCACUUUGUUUAAAACAAGGCGCUGCUCAUUGUGAAUACGAUACAUUCCUGGACAGAAUGUUGAUUGAGCAACUUCUCCACGGACUAGAAUCACGGGAUAUGUGCGAUGAGAUCAUCGCCAAGAAACCGACAACAUUCAAUGCUGCAUACGAGAUCGCGCAUUCACUCGAGGCAACCCGAAACACAGCAAAUGAGGUUAGAACGUCCGAACCAGUGACAGCUCCUGAGACUACAAACAAGUUAGGUUAUGAAACGCCGAAAACGAGGAAAGGCGGACAGCUUCGACAUCAAGCUUCACCACAAGGUAGCGGACAACAGCUUCAAGGUUCGUGUAACGGAGGUCAACAUCUACGAAGUUUAUGUCGAUUCCGUGAAGCAAAAUGCUACAAGUGUGACAAAACCGGUCACAUAGCUAAAGUAUGCAGAACAAAGAAAUCUACGCCGCAGGACUUCCCCACUAAUCAGGUUCAAUCAGAAGUGCAUCCAGCUGCUCAAAUUGAUUCAGUACAACAAUUGAGCCAAAUUCAUGAAGUUGCUUCGCCAGAAAACUAACAGACAAUUUUCGAGUUACACAGGACAUCAUAUUGACUGCAUUGGUCGUAUUCCAGUGAACGCAACCAUCGG